AUCUUUGUCGGAUUCAAUGAGAGGAAACGGUUGCUAACUUCUCUCCGUAGGAGGGGAGAGAAAAGACUGAUCACGAACAACACGGAUAAGAUAUUUUGAAUGGUGUAGUGGAGAGAUCUCAGAUCUUUGACCAGACACCGGGGCAAUGUUUUACGCCCACUUCGUCCUCAGUAAACGUGGGCCGCUAGCCAAAAUCUGGCUGGCGGCCCAUUGGGACAAAAAGCUGACCAAAGCGCACGUCUUUGAAUGCAAUCUAGAGAGCAGCGUGGAAAGCAUCAUUUCCCCAAAGGUGAAAAUGGCUCUGCGUACAUCUGGUCAUCUUCUCCUGGGCGUGGUGAGGAUCUACCACAGAAAAGCCAAAUAUCUUCUGGCUGAUUGUAAUGAGGCAUUUAUCAAGAUCAAAAUGGCUUUCCGCCCAGGUGUCGUUGAUCUGCCAGAAGACAACCGUGAGGCAGCAUACAAUGCCAUCACCUUGCCAGAGGAGUUCCACGAUUUUGACCAGCCUCUUCCUGAUCUUGAUGAUAUUGAUGUAGCACAGCAGUUCACCCUGAAUCAAAGUCGUGUUGAAGAGAUCACCAUGAGGGAGGAAGUAGGAAACAUCAGCCUCAUGACUGACAACGACUUUGGUGACUUCGGCAUGGAUGAUCGCGAGAUGAUGAGGGAGGAGAAUGCUUUUGGAGACAUCAUCCAUGAAUCGUCUGCUGCCAAUCUUCUUCUGGAAGCUGAACCUGGUCCUGCUCACCUCCCUGACAAAACACCCAACCUUGACUAUGAUGACUUUGGAGACAACAACCUGGAGAACAGCGAUGGCGGAAUUUUAAUGGACAAGAUCCUAAGCAAUGAGGAUGGCGGUGGUAUAUUUGAUGAUCCUCCAGCUAUCACUGACAGUGUGAUGAUGCCUCAAGACCAUGGAGAUGAUGAUGACGACUUUGAUAACUUUUCUCCAGCUGGAGGUCCAGACAGUCCAGACUCUGGACCCGUGGAGCCUCUUCCCAACACCACUGACCAGACAGAUCAGACCGAACAGACCACUCUGGUGCCCAAUGAGGAUGAAGCUUUCGCUCUUGAGCCCAUCGACAUCACUGUGAAAGAGACCAAGGCUAAGAGAAAGAGGAAGCUCAUCGUCGACAGCCUGAAGGAGUUGGACAGCAAGACCAUCCGUGCCCAGCUGAGUGAUUACUCUGAUAUCGUCACCACGCUGGAUUUGGCUCCUCCAACCAAAAAGCUGAUGAUGUGGAAGGAGACUGGAGGUGUGGAGAAGCUCUUCUCAUUGCCUGCUCAGCCUCUCUGGAACGGCCGUCUGCUUAAGAUGUUUACUCGAUGCUUGACUCCACUGGUGCCUGAUGAGCUGAGGAAGAGGAGAAAGGGAGGAGAAGCCGACAGCCUUGAGGACUUCCUGAAGGAGCUGGAGAACCCAGAAGUGCCCAGAGAGGAGGUGCUGGGUCACAGGAGCGACGUUAUCGAUCAGACCAUCAUGGAGGAGCCCAGUAUGCUGCAGGCGUCCUCUAUGGAGGGCAGCAGAACCGCUCUCGAUGAGUCCAUGAUGCCUCCUCCAUCCCGCCAGCGCGGACUCAAGCGCAAGUCACUCGAGACGCUCGAGAAAGAUGCAGUUUUGCCUCCAAUGGGAGUGUUGGAGCAGACGCUUCAGCCCUUGGAUCAGUCUGUGCUUUCCCAUCAGCUUGAGAUGCCGCAGGUGGAGCUUCCUCCUGAGGACACCACUAACCUCUCUAGACUCAUUCCAGAGCUGGAUCUGUUGGAUGAAAAGAGCAAGGAUAAAGACAAGGACGACAGCGACGAAGAGGGUGAGGAAGGACAGGGAGGAGAUCAGGACCAAGAGGAGAGAAGGUGGAACAAGAGAACUCAGCAGAUGCUUCACGGUCUGCAGCGCGUGGUGGCUAAAACCGGAGCCCAGUCCAUCAGCCUGCUGGAGCUGUGCAGAAACAACAACAAGAAACAGGCUGCGGCCAAGUUUUACAGCUUCCUGGUGCUGAAGAAGCAGCAGGCCAUCGACCUGACGCAGACCGAGCCCUACAGUGACAUCAUCGCCGCGCCGGGACCACGCUUCCACAUUGUAUAGACGCAGACCCUCGGUUUUGUUUUUAGUAGUUGUAUUUAACUCGGUUGUUUUUGCUACUGUUGCUUUUGUAUCAGUUUUUUUGUCCUUUGGGGCCAAUUUUAAAAGGUUUCAAGUCAAACCCAAUAGAUCAUGAAGACAUUAUACCUGCAUAGUGAGAUGUUCUGUUAGUACAUGUUGGAUCUCCACAUCCAUUGGGACUCCGCAGUUUCACUACUUGUUGUUUUUCCUCCUACUUGUUCUUAUUUCCCCUCAUAAGCUUUAUCCCAGUAAGUUUUACAUUUGUAGUAGUGUUAGUCGUGUACAUUUUAAGAUUUUCUCCUUUUUUGUUUUUAAAUAAUGUCACAAUUGAGAGGCAAAGGUUUAUUUUUGCAAACCCAAGUGGAUUUAAUAACAAUAGUUCAAUGUUUUGUAUCUCUCUUUUAAUGGCAAUUAUGAUUAUUAAAGGUUCUUACAUACAAUUGGAAUUUUUAUGCACUUGUGAUUUCAAUUUUGAUAUUGAUUAAAAAGUUUCCUGGUUU